CCGUCGGGUGUCGUCAAGAAGCGCUGGGAGCAGUGCGGCGGCAAGGACUACACGGGCAGCACGCAAUGCGCCGAGGGCACGUCGUGCUUCAAGCAAGACGAGUGGUACUCGCAGUGCAUUCCGUCGUCCAACAAACACUACUAA